AGUAAAAAUUGGAACAGCCGCGGACAAAGUGUCAGAUACGCGAGAAUUUGUUUCUUCUCUCAUGAAUCGUUCUAUACUUUUGCAAUGGCAUAUGUAAAUAUAGCCGAAUGGAAAGCGGAUCAAGUGUGCGAGUGGUUGAAAGGUUUGGAUAAUACUAUACAUCCUUAUAUUCAUAGUUUUCUAAAUCAUGAUGUCAACGGACAACAAUUAUUGAAUACACAAUCACAAGAUUUAGAACAUUUGGGUGUAAUAAAGCUCGGUCAUCAAGAGAUUAUUCUUAAUGCUGUGGAAUAUCUUCGAAGUUUCCAUCAUGAACUAGAUAAAGAGAAUCUGCAGUUGCUGGCAUUGCGACUAUCGAGCCAAGCACACAGCUUACACAAGGAGAUGUGUCGACAAAAAAAUUCAGAAUCUGUUAGUACUCAAACAUUGUCAGAUGUAGCGUCAAUUAUGAUGGUGGUCAAACCUUUAGUGAGAUGGAUGGAUUAUCCUCCAUUUAAUGGACACAUAGAAUAUCAUGCCAAGAAAGUUGAAUUGAUGAAAAUAUCGAUAGAAAUGGCUACAUGUGCACAAAGAGAUAGAUUUGCUGAAAAACCAGUUCAGGAAAUUCGAACAACUUGUAGUCAAUUAGCAACGUUAGCAGAUUAUAUUAUUCAAGAUAUCAUUGAUCCUAUGAUAUUGCAGCCUGCAAGUUUAGAUUUAGCAACAUUAAAAAAGAAAUCCAGCGAUGAUUUGGGUUUUUAUAUUUUACCGUCUUUUCAUGGAGUACACCAGAUAACUGAAAUUAAACUUGGAUCUGCUGCACAUCAAUCUGGCAAAAUGAUGGAAGGUGAUCAAAUAGUCCAAGUAAAUUAUCAAACGGUAAUUGCUUGGGAAAGAAAAAAUUUGCUUGAAUUAUUUCGUGAAAGCCCAGCAGAAAUGCUUUUGACUAUAAAACGUAGGCCAAGGCAUGCUAAAGUUUAUGGCAAAAUUUAUAUCAAACCAUAUAAACUUCCAUGUAACAAAAAUACCUCUUAUGCAACACAAGGACGUAGUCUUCCAUCCCCUAGACCAGAAUUAUUAACAAUACCUGACUUUGCAAUGCCAUCACCUAGACAUAUACCAAAGAAAUCCGGUGCAGAGCCAACGAGCAUUUUAGAUGCAGUUAAAAUGUUGGAUACAAUGACUACAGAUAGUAGCGAUUCUGAUAGCGAAGCAGAAACGCCACUUUAUGCUAAACGAAGAAACUUAGUCCAAAGGCGAGCUACAAUAACCGGUGCCAGUCCUACGUCCAAACAUGGUAUUAAUCUCGAACGGUUUUGGAAGGAGUUGAAAUUAGAGCACAAUGCGGCUGUUCAAUUGCGUGAUAAAGCAGCAUCUUGCGCCCAUGGUUUGGAUAAUGUACCAAUGGUAAAUAUACGGCCUCAAACGUGUUUAGGAUUAGAAUCGGCGAAAAAGAAGAACAAUACUAAUGAGCAAACGAAUAAAAAAGUGCAAUUUGAGGAAAAAUUGACUGAUAUUAAAAGCAUGCAUCCAGUUAAUACAAAAGAAAAGAUUACUCCUAUACAAAACUGUGAUGUUGGUGCAAAUAUUGUAAAUAAAGAUAUUAAUAUAGAACAUUUGCAAGCAUUCAGAGAUAAUGUCAUUGAUAGCAAUAAUUUAAAUGAUACGACCGUGCCUUUAAGUGAAUAUAAUAAUUCUAUUAGUGAUACAUGUAGUAUUAAUGAAAACAAGCGGAAUAAUAAAGAAAUCGGCAUGCGACACGUUGAAAAGCGUGAUAAAUUAGAUAAAGAUUAUACUACCUCUGCAUAUGAUUUAUCAGACAUUGAGAAAUUAGACUUAUUUGACCAUUGCUUAAUCAAUAAACCAAAUAAUAAUUUAACAAAAACUAACAUUAGUACUGUUGUUGAAAACGUUGACGAUAAUAAAAAAUUGAAGGAUGCAAGCAGCAAACAUAAAGAAUCAUCUGCUGGAAGAUACGAUGGUAAUGUCGCUCGAAAAAUUAGUGACAUCGAGAAACAGAUCGCGUAUGAGAAUACAGAAGAACAGAUAAGUGCCUUUGGAGUGCCUAAAAGAACAGAUCUAUAUAAAGAUAAUGAAUACGUUUCAAUAAAUGACGUAAAUCUUGAAAAUAGCACAGAGGAGAAAAAUCAAAAUCUUGAAUAUGAUAUAUUGGAUGUAAACAAUAAGAAUUACAUUGUCAAAAAAUUAAAUACUGAAAUUGUAAACAAAAACUCCAAAACUGUUCAUUUCAAACAUUCAGCAUGCGAGUAUCACGAGAAUGCUGAUUGUGGUACCUCAGAAAUGUCUAACAGUAAAAAUGAAUGUAGUAAUAAUAGUAACAGUAAUAGUAAUAACAGUAAUAAUAGCAGUAGUAGUAGUAGUAGUAAUAGUAAUAGUAAUAGUAGUAGUAGUAGUAGUAAUAGUAGUAGUAGUAGCAGUAGCAGUAGCAAUGGUAAUAUUGGUGGUGGUAAUAGUAAUAAUAAUAAUAGUAGUAGCAGCAGCAGUAGCAAUAGUAGUAAUAGUAGUGCUGGUAGUAAUAGUAGUACUAGUAGUAACACUAGUAUUAUUAGCAACAACAAUAGCAUCGAAAGAAACCAAACGUUGCCAAAAUGUGAUAAAAUUUUAGAAACGGUUGAUUGUACUUAUACAGAAUUGCUUGAAAAAAGAUUUUCCUCAGUGCUAUUAAGAGAGAAUAAUAUCGGUACAAUGGUAUCACUAAAUAAUAACAAGUCUAUUGAAGAUGAUUCAGUGAAUGUUACUCAUAACGUUUCGAAGAUUAAUAUAAAGCAACAAACUAAAGAAGCGAAGUCUACAGACUUGCCUUCGGCACAGGUCACAAUACAGUCUUGCCGUUUUAUAGAGUUACCAAAGAUUCAAUCUGUUCGAAAACUUGAGAAUAAAUCUCACAUAACACCCCCAGAACCGCCGCCUCGUAAAUAUUACACGAACCAAGCAAUAACUGAUUUGAAAUUAAACAAUGUUCCACAAACUUUAGAGGAUUUGCCAAAACCUCAAGUUCCAGAGAGACUCGGCAUUAAACGAGAAUUUAAAAAAGUAGAUUUAAGUUUAUGUGUUAAUCAUAUUAGGAACAAUUCGGAUUGUCAAGAUAAAAAGGAUUCCUCAGAUGUGCUUAAUUACACAGAAAAUUCGAUGGACUGUAUUGGCGAAUCACGAACUGUAAGUUUAAGCGAUCAAAAAUUUGAUCGUUUAAACUUAUCUGAUGCUUCGUUGUAUAAUGAAAAUAACGACAAACAAUCAAGAGAAGAAAAAUGUCCUUUUGAAAAGUAUGAAACAUUUGUUGAAAAAUUCGUUUGCUCGGAUCAAUCCAUAACAGAUUGUUAUAGGUUUGAUCACUCUCACAAUGCCGAUUGUCCUGAUGAUAUAACAUACUCAAAACAAACAAUAUCAUCAGAUUUAAAGCCAAGAUUAUCAGAGAAGGAUAAAAGUAUUGAGAAAAGUGUUGUUAAUAAAGCUAUGAUGGUAGCUAAAAGUAUCGGCUUGCAUAGUAGUUUGAAUAAGUCCAAUAAUAGUCCAAGAAGCAGUAGAAAACGGAAUGUGUUAUUAGCAAAGAGGAGGAAUGUAUCCGUAAGAGACGUUGGUACUAGUGAUUUAGAAGGAUGGUUGACAUAUCGUAGUAAAGGAGCAGGUGGCGCAUGGGCAAAAGCCUGGUUUGUAUUAAAGUGUUCAUCGUUGUACAGAUUUAAACUACAGGACAGUAUAAAAGCUGACUGCUUGAUUGUAUUAACGGGUUUUACUGUAUCCCCGGCUACCGAAGUAAAAUCAAGAAAAUAUUCCUUCAAAGUAUAUCACACAGGAACAGUGUUUUAUUUUGCUGCUGAUACCGAUGACAAUUUGAUUCUGUGGCUGGACGCAGUUAAUAAAGGCACUUUAGGAACGGACACUCAAGACCAAAGCGUUGAGCUUUUUAGCGAAACCGAUGAGAGCGAUAGCGAAAGUCACAAGAGUAAAUUGAAAUGUACACAUCAAUCUGACAAAGCAAAUCCGGAGAAAUUGUUUGGUUCUCUGAAAAAGUCUGCACGAAAAGACGGAUCGUUUAAAGAUUAUGAAACCGGUGGUGCGAGCUUGGAUCGAAAAUAUUUGAAAUUUCUUAGUGCUAGAAAUCAAAAUAUGCCUGUUCCAACGGCCCAAUUUAGAAGUUAUAGACGAGUGCUUCCUACGUCGACACCAAACAAAAAAGAGGAUUGUAAUUCAAAUUCUCCCGAUUUACAAAUGACGAUUGCUGGUAGUACAUUCUAUGGCUCGACCACUUCUCAAAAUGCUGCAGAUAUGUCGAACCCAGACAUGAAUGAUUAUCGGCAUGCUAUAGACAGAAAAUCAGACAACCUGCAAGGUUUUAUCACGCAAGAAGAAUUCAUGACAUCACAACAAGAUGAGCAACGACGUACUAUGAUAAACAGAUCGAUGUCUGCGCGUGCGACGCCUUUGCUCAAGGAUCACGUUCAUGUACAUCAUAGAAAUUUGAAUGAUAGGACGACGUACAAUGACGAAAUUAGACAAUUAAGUGACACAUCCUUGAAUGAUAUUAGCAAUAUUUAUAGCAAGGCCAGCGAUGAAAUACCGAACAACAAUAUUACGCAUGUUCACUCGAAAAACAAAAAUGCACAUGUACACACGCCUUGCCAAUCCAUCAAGGAUAAUUUUGUUACUACUCGAUCUGAAAGCGAAACGAAUUACGUAAAUGAUAAAUCUCAAGGCAGAUGCAUGACAACUGGAAUGAAAAAGGUAUGGGAUUCGUCAAGUUAUGCGCAGAAGAGAAGAGUGCAGGAACUUGUAAAUACUCAAAAACUGAGACAUGAUGAUUUAUUUCAUUCGGAAAACAUGAUAAAUCCAAAAAAGCAGAAUUCUCCAAAUCAGAGUGCAGACUAUGAGCUUAACAAGCAUAGACAAUCUCCCAAUUAUGAAAGCAACAAAAUGCACGAUUUUUCGCCGAGAAAUAUUGGAUAUUCUGGAUCUAGUAAUGACCUCACGAGUCAUACAUCGUCUGAGACACAGCAAUAUGUAAAGAAAGAUGUAUCAAUUAAUCGGAAGGGAAGUUUUAAUUUUGUUAAUCGUUAUGACAACAGUUCUUUCGACAAACACUGGUUGGAAUCACUGAAAUAUAACGACAAGAAAAGUUCAAGCUAUGAUAAAAACCGUCUGAAGAAUGUUGCACAGUAUCAACCACCACCAAUACCGACAUCACCUUUCGAGCAGGAAGAAAUGCGUGCCGCAUUCGAGAUGCAUUUAGAUAAGAACGAUCAUGUACAGAAAGCGAGUCGCCUGAAAGUUUUAUUCGGUACGAAACAGCAAAAACCCUGUACCUUGGAAAUUCCUAAAAAUGCCCAGAAAACCAUAUCAGAAACUAAUUCGCCGCGGUAUAAAGCGCUAUUUCGGGAUAAGUAUUGCUCUAAUCAAUCGCAACAUCCACUAUCUACUUGUUCUGAUAGUCCAAACUCUGGCGAUGAGAUCAAUCAGUCUCACAGUUCUUUCAACAACAACAAUCCUUCUCAGAUAUUUAUUCAAACCUUGUGUUCAGUCAAUUCGGUCAGUGAUCCGGAUGCAAUAACAUCUUCUAUCAAGUCAAAAUACGAUAGUGGAUAUUCAUCCAACUAUAAAGGCUUUCUAAAUUCUGGAAAGAACUUGGUACCUGCAGUAUUACCAUACAUACCGCCACCAACAUCUCCACCACCUGAUUAUCCUGGUUUAGAAUAUCCACCAGUAUUUGAACCUGGAACUUACUCUCUUUCGGAUACAUCAUUGCUGCGCAGUCGUAACAAAAAUAGUCAGAACACAGGCCAAUAACAAAAGCCAAAUUCAUCUUUUUAAGCAACCAAAGAAAACAAUUUCCUUUAUGUCGACAGGUUAUAAAUAUAGAGAUAGAAUUUAAUGCACAAUAGCAAGUUAGUAUUCUACUAACAAGUAUUCUAAAAUAAUCUCGUUCAUCGCAUAA